AUGGCGGAGUAUAAGCAGCACCGUGAAGCCAAGAGAGAAGUCUAUGAAGCCUUUCACCCUGAGAGGACCGACACCAGCUGUCACAAGUUCUUAAGUGCAGCAAUUUGUAUUCAGAAGUUCAUUCGAGGAUGGCUAGUAAGAGUCCAACUCGGUAGGAUAAGAGAAAAGGCUGCAAAUCAUGGGCCAUCCCUUUCAGCUGUUGUUAAGCAAUACCGAAGAAUGAUGCAUAGAUUAAAAAGGCGCUUUGGUGUUAUAAAACCAUCUGUCCCGAUGGUGUACAGUGAUCUGGAGGAGUGGCUAGACCGAAAAACAAUGUAUGAAAAGAUGUUUAUAAAAAGGCAGUUUUGGAAGGAGUUGGACAAAUCUGAAUUGCCGAAUUUCUUCAGGGACUGUGCCCAUUUCCCUUCGAAGCAGGACAUUGAACAUACUUGGUCUCUAAUAAACUAUGGUACCUUUGGGAAGACAGCUGAAGCUGUAAAAAAGCACCAGGCAGUGGAAAUGGCAUUCACACUGUACCCGCCUCAAGGAGCAAAACCUUUAAUUGGAGCUAUUCGCCAGUCAACAUGGGUCAAUCCUAUUGUGGAUGGAGAGGAAGGAUAUAAAUAUUUAGUGUCAGACCAUCCAGUGCUAAAGGAAGCCGACAUUCGCGUUGUUGGAAGAUUGGUUGCUACAUCUAUCAGAGAGAGGAAAGAGAGAAUGGCAUUGCCCCGUGGUGUUUCUGACAGUACAAUUAAAAAGGAAGCCCCCUGAACUUUUACAGAGCGUCCCAUUCAAGACUUCACUAACUUAACCCUGGGUCAGACCAUGGACCAUUGCAUGGAUAGUUCCUAAGUAGAGAAAGAAACAAAAGAAGAAAAUAAGCAUGUAUACAGGUUUAAUUUCUCCCAAAAAAUGCAACCCUAUUGCCGAGGCUGCCUUUUUAAAAAUGUUUCCAUAGUAAAAGCAUAGGAAAGUGUAAUAAAGAAAAUAUUACUGGUAUAGUUUUUUUUUCAUAUGAUCACUGUUCCUGGGACAAGCUUGGAAACUGGAUGCUGAGCUCUUUUCAAAAACAAUGUAUUAUAUAACAUUAUAUUCCUUCCU